AAAAAACGCCAAAAUUUUUUUCUCUCUCUCUCUCUCUCUUUUUUUUUUCUCUACAUCAUUCUCUUUCUCUCUCUUCGAAUUUCGAAAAAAAAAAUAAAAUGAAAACAACCAAAAGAAAAAACGCGCAAUUGAAAACGGAUCGCAGAAGAAAAAACUGAGAACCCUAACCUUAGUCUGGAGUUUAUCCUGUUUAUUUCCCUUUCUAUGGUUAUUUCUUUUUCGUUUAGUUCUUUUUGAAAAAACUGAUAGCGUAACUUGAUUUUUAGGGUUAGGGUUUUGUGUUCUGGAGAGGAGUAGUAUUAGGAUUAGGGUUAGGCCUAGGGUUUGACGGUUAUGGAAUGCGAAGGUGAUGGUGGUGGUGCUUGUGGUUGUUGUCGGUGAUGACCGGAGCCCUAUGCCACCGGCAGAAGAAGAUGAUGGGUAGGGGUGCGGACGGAGGUUGCGGCACCAAGGAGAGGCCUUGCCGUCCAAUUUCUAGGGUUUCCAGUCGGAGUCCGGUGACCCAAUCUGAGACUGCCCAGAAGCAAUUUUCCCGGGAUAUUGCUGUCGAUUUCUUUUCUCAGGCAUGGAAAACACUUUGCGAACGUUCUCCUUUUGAUAUCCCUGAAGGUGGCUCUGUUUCCGAGUUGAGUGUGCCAACGCUGCCCAGUGGACUGUCUAGUUUUUUGAAGCGGACUGAUAGUAGGAAGAGGCAUAAGAAGUCACAUUCAGGAGCGGAUAAGAAGUCUUCGAGACAGGAGGGAAAGGCACGAGGUGGGAGCAUUUGGGUUGAAACUGAAGAGUAUUUUCGGGACUUGGCAUUGCCAGAUAUUGAUGCUUUGUUUAAGAUUACACCAUCUAGUUCUUUAGCUGCUAGGAAAAAGUGUUUUAUGAUUCCGUAUGUUGGAAAUGAGCAAAGGGCGAAUUUGAAUUUAGAUGCUCAGGUGGAUGAGAAGGCGAAUGUGAGUAGUGGAGAGAAUUUUAAUGUCAGGAAUGAAAAUGGUGAUGUUGGUAAAGAAGAAGGGAAAGAGGUCGUCAUGGAGGAGGAUGGGCAGUUAAUGGAAAUUGAUAGUGUGGCAACCCAAGCUCAGUUUUCACUAAAGGAAGCAGAAGGAUACUCUGCUUCAGAUUCAACCAGUGGUUUAGAGUGGCUUUUAGGUUCUAGGAGUAGGAUAUUGUUAACUUCAGAGCGGCCUUCAAAGAAGCGGAAGCUUCUUGGAGAGGAUGCUGGUCUGGAGAAAAUAUUAAUUGCGUGUCCAUGUGAUGGGAAUUCAUCUUUAUGUCACUUUUGUUGCAUUGAUGAUACCAGAAAAGAAUCAAACAGAUUGAUUGUUUGCAGUUCUUGUAAGGUUGCUGUUCAUCAAAAGUGCUAUGGUGUGCAAAAUGAUGUAGAUAGUUCUUGGUUGUGUUCUUGGUGCAAGCUGAAAAAUGAUGGUGGUGAUAAGGUGAAACCCUGUGUACUUUGUCCGAAACAGGGUGGUGCUUUAAAGCCCAUUCAAAAGAGUGAUGAAAAUCGCGGGUCUGUGGAGUUUGCUCACUUGUUUUGUUCGCACUGGAUGCCUGAGGUUUAUAUAGAAAACUUGACAAAAAUGGAACCGAUUAUUAAUGUGGAAGGAAUAAAGGACACUAGAAAGAAAUUAGUCUGUAAUGUAUGCAAGGUGAAGUAUGGUGCAUGUGUUCGGUGCAGUCAUGGAACUUGCAGAACCUCAUUCCAUCCUAUAUGUGCAAGAGAAGCCAGGCAUAGAAUGGAAGUUUGGGGAAGAUAUGGGUGUGAUAAUAUUGAGUUACGGGCAUUUUGCUCUAAGCAUUCCGAAAUCCACCAUAACAGCAGUUCGUCACAACUUUUACAAUUUUGUGCAGCUGGCUGUGAUUCUUCUAUCACCAACAAACUUUCUCCAACAUCUAUGGACAAGUCUCAAAAUUUAAAAAUUGGCCUAAAAAAUGGAGAUAAAAUUGCAGUGGACAUUGAAGCUCUGGAUGAUAACUCUGAUAAAUCUGGUGAUGGUGAGUUGCAAGCGAUAGGCUUGUCUGAUACCAGACUAAAUGCCCGAGUUGCAUCAGAACGUUGUGGGACAGAGCAGCUGGUUGAUGUGGGGUUAUUGGAGAGGAGUAACGGCAAUGACCAUAACCCAUCUGACUCCUUUAAUUUUACAGUGAUUUUGAAGAAGCUAAUUGACCGAGGGAAAGUCAAUGUAAAAGAUGUAGCAUUGGAGAUUGGACUCUCAGCUGGUUCUUUGAGUGCUUCAUUAGAUGAUGAUAGCUUGGCACCUGACCUGCAAUGCAAAAUAGCGAAAUGGCUUAGAAAUCAUGCAUAUAUGGGCUCUUCCCAAAAAAAGUUAAAAGUUAAGAUAAAGUCUUUGAUUUCAUCCAAGGAUGAGACUGGAGCAACGGAUAGUUCUGAUGAUAUAAUGGUAUCUGAGUCUGAUAUAAUUGAUCCUGUUGCUGUUAAGUCUGUACCCCCUCGGAGAAGAACCAAGAGUAAUGUGAGGAUUAUGAGGGAUAACAGAGUAAUAUGCUCCUCUGAUGAAAUUACUAAUGACAAUGGGGUAGUGAUGGAAGAAGUUCGGGUUGAUCAACUUGCUAAGGAAGAAACUUAUGAUUCAAGUAAAGCAUCUAUUCCUGAUACUACUGGAAAGAAUUCAACCAAGCUUGAUGGUUCCCUGGACUCUUCAGAGAGGCAUUUGCCCACAUCUGAAGGAAAUUCAACUGAUCUCUUAAAUAACAACCUCUCUGAAAGAUGUCAAUCAGAAAGGGCAACCACUCCUGAGGCGAAUGCAGAUCAGGAAAAUUCCAUUUGCCCAAUUGUGAAUCCAAUUAUAACUGAUCUCAUAAGAACUGAAGAAUUUUCUAAUUUUUACAUUCACCCCCAUAUACACAAGAAAUUGCUGCAGAUGCACAAUGGGAUGCUUUGUAAGAAUAGAAUGGGGGAGUUUGAGGGCGGAAAGGACACAUUAAAUGAGUUUGAAGGUUUAAGGGAAGGAGAUCUCUCUUGCUGGGCGGCUUCCUCUAACGCCAGCGUCUGCUGUAGUCACCAAAGCGAACAUUCAAAGUGCAAUGAAAAGAGCUGUCGAUCUGAUGAUUUAGAGCUGUUGGUUAAGGCUAGGAAAUUGGGAGUUCUCAAAUUGUCGCCAGAGGAUGAAGUGGAAGGGGAAAUUAUAUAUUAUCAGCAUACAUUACUGGGCAAUGCAGUUGCAAGAAACCAUGUUACUGAUAAUUUAGUUUCUAGGGUUUCUAAAAGUCUACCACAGGAGGUUGAAGCAGCAAGGACACAAAGAUGGGAUACUGUGCUUGUUAAUCAAUAUCUGUAUGAGCUAAGAGAAGCAAAGAAGCAGGGACGUAAAGAGAGAAGACAUAAGGAAGCACAGGCUGUGUUAGCUGCAGCAACUGCUGCAGCAGCUGCUUCCUCCAGGAUUUCAUCAUCCAGAAAAGAUGGCUUGGAAGAUUCUAGUCAGCAAGAGAAUGUAUUGAAGCUGAAUGCUUCUGUUGGAAGGGCUGGCAUUAUUAGUUCUCACACAAGAGCAAAAGAUGCACUUUCUAGAAAUGUUGUCCCAAGGAUUUCAUCUGAAAAAUACUCUGGUAUUGUUCAAUCAGUGUCAGAUUUUUCUAAAGAACAUCCUAGGUCAUGUGACAUCUGCAGACGGUCUGAGACAGUACUGAAUCCUAUUUUAGUCUGUUCUGGAUGCAAGGUUGCAGUUCACUUGGAUUGCUAUCGCAAUGUUAAAGAAUCUACAGGUCCUUGGUGCUGUGAAUUAUGCGAAGAAUUGUUUUCGUCUAGAUCCUCUGGAGCUCCAUCUCUAAAUUUUUGGGAGAAACCUUAUCCUGCUGCUGAAUGUGGUUUAUGUGGUGGUACUACUGGUGCUUUUAGGAAAUCUGUUGAUGGCCAGUGGGUACAUGCUUUCUGUGCUGAGUGGGUUCUUGAAUCAACAUUCAGAAGGGGACAAGUAAAUCCUAUAGAAGGAAUGGAGAUUGUUUCAAGGGGGGUCAACAUUUGUUGUAUAUGCCGUCGCAAGCAUGGUGCAUGCAUUAAGUGUAGUUAUGGUCACUGUCAGGCCACGUUUCAUCCGUCCUGUGCUAGAAGUGCUGGCUUCUAUAUGAAUGUGAAGCUUGGUGGUGGCAAAUUGCAGCACAAGGCUUAUUGUGAAAAGCACAGUGUGGAGCAGAGAACAAAGGCUGAAACUCAGAAACAUGGAAUUGAGGAGUUGAAAAACAUGAAGCAAAUUCGGGUUGAAUUGGAUAGAUUACGCCUUCUUUGUGAAAGAAUCAUCAAACGUGAAAAAUUGAAGCGGGAGUUGGUGCUUUGCUCACAUGAAAUACUUGCUUGCAAAAGAGAUCAUGUUACUCGUUCAGUGCUUGUUCAUAGUCCUUUUUUCCAUCCGGAUGUUAGCUCAGAAUCUGCAACAACUUCUCUCAAGGGUCAUACUAGUGGUUACAAGUCAUGCAGUGAAGUGAUGCGAUCAGAUGAUGUAACUGUGGACAGUACUCUUUCAGUGAAGCACCGAGCAAAGGCUUCUGUGCUUAUGGACAAUGAUCAAAGGACUGAUGACAGCUCCACUUCGCUUUUAGUCCAGAAGCCAGCAGAGAGGGUGCCUUUCUCAGGGAAGCAAAUCCCUCAUAGAUAUUCUCUUGCAUCUCGAAAAGGUUUGGAUAAUGCAGAUUGGAACUCAAAAUCCAGAAAGCCUGUUGAAACAUUUGAAAAGGAGCUGGUAAUGACAUCAGAUGAAGCAUCUAUGAAGAAUUCACGGUUACCUAAAGGAUAUUGUUACGUUCCUGUUGAUUGUCUUCCUAAGGAGAAGCAGCUCACACAGGAUGCUUGUUCGGAUGGACAAUUGGAGCACAAUGGUUAGGCUUUGUCAAUACCCCGGUUGUUUCAAUUGCCUAAGGGUGACGGCCAUCUGUGCCCUUUAUAACUGCUUUCUGAGUGAAGGAGGUGCCACGUUUAUCAGAUUAUGAAGGCAGUACGGUGACCAAAUUGGUGCCUAGAUGUUGAUUGGGGCCAGUGUCGCCUUGAUGCCAUGGGAGCUACAUAGUGUGGCUCGGAAUGGCAAGUUUUGGCACAUCAUUGUUGUAUAUUUCAUUGUGAGAGUAAAUUGUACAGUGGGUGAGUUUAUUCCAUUAUGUUUUGCCAAAAAAUUCAGUCUUGAAGGGGUCUCGAGGGGUUGAGGACAGACAGGAGAUAGAGAUUUGCUUAUUGUAACACUAUGUGAAUAGUGAGGAAAUUAGAAAAAGGUGUUACCUGCUGUGUAUAGUUUAGUUAGUGUACAUAAUUCUGCUAAGAAAUCUUGGUCAACGAGAGCUUAGUACAAGCAUCUCAAUCCUCAGUUUUUGAAAAUUGUAAACUUCUCAUGAGGAAUUUCAAAUCUAAUGAAAGAAAUUGGACAUAAAAAAAAAUAAUAAUGCAACGUUCUUGAUGUAAUUUGAA